CCAUUAUGCACAGCAACCAUUUCCAUUUGAGUCAUUACCACAAUACGCUUUAACAAAAUUAAACUUCUGAGAAAACAAUUUUAAUCGCACAAAAUGGCAACUCAGGAUUACAAGCCCGGGGAUAUUCCCUUAGAGGAGCAAGACGACCGCAGAUUAUUCUGCAAAUACCACUACAAAGGAGUUCUCCUUCUGCUCAUACCCAUUCUGUUUGCACCCAUGUUGAUUGGAACUCCAGUGCUGGUUUUUCGCUUUAUGUAUCUAACAAUAUGUUUCUACUUGAUAUAUAUACUAAAUUUAAUGGCCAGAGGAGCUGCCGCCUUUAUCUACAUGGUUUUCAUACCGGUGGCAGGCAUUGCAGCCUCUAAGCCGCUCAGUGUUUCGUACUACACUGAUCUCAUAUUCUUCGUUUAUGCCGCUAUAUUCAUGGGCAUUAUGAUGGACAGUUCCAGAUUGAGCGAACGCAUUGCGUUCUUUGCAAUCUCCCUAGUUGGAGGAAGUAUAAAAUUUCUUCAGAUUUUCAUGACCAUCGCCGUGUUAAUUCUGUCCUUUCUGGUGAAUCCCACAAUAUCCGCUGCCUUUUGGAUGAAGGUCUCCCAGGCCGUGAUAGCCGAAUACGAUAAUGCUGGUGUUGUGAAGCGGGAUUCUGAGGAAAAGCCUUACGAGGUUGGAUCCAAACCAUAUCCAACGCGUCCUGUAAUCGGAAUUUUCCUAACCUGUUGCUACACAGCCUCGUUUGCGUCAAGUCUUUCGCCCGUCGUGAAUCCGAAUGGUGUGAUAAGCGAUGUUUUUCCGGGCGAUUUUACAGUUAUGGAGAUGAUUACGAUAAUGGCGGGACCAUCUAUAUUGGGCAUUAUUGUCAUGGUCUUCUGGAUGCAAGUCCUCUUCCUCGGACUUCUAGGAGGCAGUGUUAAGCGCCAACUGGCCGAGUUCGAGGGCGCCAAGGGCGGCUUUAAGCAGGCCUCGGCUGAUAGGAAACAGGCCCUUGGUCCUUGGAGUAUACAUUCCAUCUUGGCCCUAACCAUGAUUCUAGUGAUGUUCGUGCUGGUGGCCACUCGAAAGCCGCGCAUUUUCAAGGGCUGGGAUAGUCUAAGCGAUGGCACAGAAUCCGGACUCUCGGUGCCGGGCAUUGGCGUAGCCAUCCUGUUCUUUGCCAUUCCGGCCAACUAUUUAUUCUGCAGAUACUAUGUGUGCCGCCAGCCGGAGAAGGAGGGCACUGCCAAUUCGCUGCUGGGCUGGAAGGCGGUGAACAACAAUACUCCCUGGGGUGAUAUCUUCAUGCUGGGCGCCGCCUUCAGCUGCGUCUUCUGUGCCAAUGCUAGUGGAUUCAACAAAUUCGUGGUUGAUAACCUGCCCACCGAUGACAACAAGGAACUGAAAACGAUGAACUUCCUCAACGGUGCCUUGCUUGGAACACUGAUGACCACUUUGUCCCCGGCCACCACCGUGGCCAAGCUGACUCUGCCCACCAUGAUAAAGGGGGGCAAUUCCUUUUCGCUGCCAUUUGCCACCGCGUUGCACAAUCAGUUUUUGCUGCCCGUGAGCACCCCAGGAAACACAAUUGUCGCCGGCUGGGGCAAUAUAAGACCUUUCCAGUUUUUGAUGGGUGGAUGUGUCCUGGCGCUUUUCAUGUUCAUCACAAUUGCAGGAUUCACCGCGUUGCUCAAGGGCACGGUUCUCUGAGUGCAACUAAUUUCAACUUCAUUUCAGCUCAACUAUCCAAAAUUUCCGUUUCGAUUUAAGCCGCAUUAAAUAAAAUGACCAAGUAAACUCCACUGCAUUGCGGUGUGUAGAGCAA